CUUGAAUGGAACAUAGGAUUUGAAAGUGUGCAAGGACCCAACUGUUUGUUGAAAGGACUGUUUCGAGAUGGAAGAUUACGUAAAAAUAGAAAAGAUUGGUGAAGGUACCUAUGGUGUGGUAUAUAAGGGACGUAAUAAGAAGACCAACAAAACAGUCGCUUUGAAGAAGAUUCGGCUGGAAAGUGAAGAAGAGGGUGUCCCAUCAACAGCCAUCAGGGAGAUCUCACUCCUAAAAGAACUUGUACAUCCUAAUAUUGUUGGAUUGGAAGAUGUCCUUAUGCAAGAGAACAAACUCUAUCUGGUCUUUGAAUUCUUAUCCAUGGACCUGAAAAAAUAUUUCGACUCCAUCCCAUCUGGCCAAGUCAUGGACAGCAAAUUGGUGAUGAGUUAUACCUAUCAGAUUCUACAAGGAAUCGUGUUUUGCCAUAAGAGGCGUGUUCUCCACAGGGAUCUCAAGCCCCAGAAUUUACUUAUAGACAACAAAGGUGUCAUUAAACUUGCAGAUUUCGGUCUUGCUAGGGCGUUCGGAAUACCAGUCCGUGUCUAUACCCAUGAGGUGGUGACGCUAUGGUAUCGUGCCCCUGAAGUACUAUUGGGAUCCCCACGUUACUCCUGCCCAGUCGAUGUUUGGAGUAUUGGUUGUAUUUUUGCUGAGAUGGUCACUAAGAGACCCCUGUUCCACGGCGAUUCAGAAAUUGAUCAGCUCUUUAGAAUAUUCAGAAUCAUGAAAACACCCACAGAGGAGACAUGGCCAGGAGUGACCAGUUUACCAGAUUACAAACCUACAUUCCCAAACUGGAAAAAGAACGAGCUGCAAACUGCUGUCAAACAACUGAACGAAACAGGCCUAGACCUUUUACAAAAAAUGCUCAUCUAUGACCCUGCCAAGAGAAUAUCAGCCAAGGCGGCCCUCCUUCAUCCGUACUUUGACAGUUUAGAUAAAUCAACACUCCCCGCAAAACCAUCAGAUGACAAUAUUCUUGAUCCUCAUAUUUGUAAGAGUGGGUGUGCGUAACCUGAUUCCCCAUCCAUUCAUAUUGACAACUUAAAUUCAAACAGUCUCACAGGUGAUAAGUACCAUGCAUUAUAAGUACCAUGUAUGAUAAGUACCACAUGACAGGUACCACACAUAAUAAGUAUCAUUUUAUAAUUUUUAUAACUAUUCAUUGGAAAUUUUUAUCCCCAACACUGAAAUAAUUUUACAAGGACCUUGAAAAAAUACCACAUUUCCCAAGUAUGACUAAUGAUGAAAACAACUCGUGAUAAGCACCAAUACAUUGGGAAUGUGAUCCUGAAAGACAAAGCAACAUUUUAAGGGUUUCACACAUAAUUUACUGAUACUGACAGUGUACAAAAAAUGUCAAAUAUGCAAAAUCAACCUGUUCUAUGGAGUAAUUUAUCACCCAUUAAGGAUGGUGCUAAGGUAGAUAUGUAUAGCAGCAGUACCAUAGCAACAGAAAAUGUGAUGUGUAACACUUUUUAUAAGGUGCCAUUUGUUAAUUGUUUAAGGCAAUCGGCUUGUUAGAAUUUGAAUCUGAGAAAGUAACCGACUGACUACCUUAAUUUAUGGGUAAUGACUCAUGAACACUCAGCUCAUCAUUGUUUGUUAAAUGCUUUAGUAAGUAUGUAUUUUGUUACAGUUGUGUUGAAUACUUGUACAUAUGAACAUUCAACUUACAAAGCCAGGGACCAACAUUUCUAUUCUAUUGUUUAUCAUUAAAAUAAUUUGUACAUUUGUGAACUAUCUAACUGUGUAUUCUACUGCAUGGGUGUAGCCAGUCUUAAGGCAGGUGAGGCAAAUGUCUUGCGAGUCAAACGUCUCACCAAAGCUUUAUGGAAAAACACAAAUUAUUGCCAGUCUUAAGGUAGUUGAGGCAAAUAUCUUGCGAGGCGAACGUCUCACCAAAGCUUUAUGGAAAAAUACAAAUUAUUGCCAGUCUUAAGGUAGUUGAGGCAAAUAUCUUGCGAGGCGAACGUCUCACCAAAACUUUAUGGAAAAAUACAAAUUAUUGCCAGUCUUAAGGUAGUUGAGGCAA